AUGGCAGCAGAGCUUAAACCCAGAUGCCUGCACUUUAGCAAAAGGCAUCAUGACUGCAGUCAACAGACUUCACCCUCUUUAGGGCAGCCUGUGACCGAUUUUGCACUGACUGAAGGCAGUACAAUUACUCCCUCAUGCCAAAAAGGGUAUUUUCCCUGUGGGAAUCUUACCAAGUGCUUGCCCCGGGCUUUCCACUGCGAUGGCGUGGACGACUGUGGGAACAGCGCUGAUGAAGAAAACUGUGGAGACACUAGUGGAUGGACAACCAUAUUUGGCACAGUCCAUGGAAAUGCUAAAAAUGUGGCAUUAACCCAGGAGUGCUUUCUAAACCAGUAUCCACAACGCUGUGACUGCAAAGAGACAGAACUGGAGUGUGUAGAUGCUGACUUACUGUCUGUGCCGACGGUGUCCAGCAACGUGACCUUGCUGUCUCUUAAGAAAAACAAAAUCCACAGUCUUCCAGAUAAAGUUUUCGUCAAAUAUACAGAACUUAAAAAGAUAUUUCUUCAACAUAAUUGCAUUAAACACAUAUCCAGGAAAGCAUUUUUUGGAUUAUAUAAACUGCAAAUAUUAUAUCUCAAUCACAACUGCCUUUCCACCCUGAGACCUGGAGUGUUCAAAGACUUACAUCAGCUAACUUGGCUAAUUCUGGAUGACAAUCCCUAUAACGAAUUUCAGCCACGGUUGUUUACUGGAUUAAAUUCUUUGUUCUUCCUGUCUAUGGUUAACAACCACUUAGAAGCUCUUCCCGAGAAGAUGUGUGCCCACACACCUCAACUCAACUGGAUGGAUUUGGAAGGCAAUCGAAUAACGUAUCUUACAAAUUCCUCCUUUCUGUCGUGCAAUUCACUCACAGUGCUGUUUCUGCCUAGAAAUCAAAUUGAUUUUGUUCCAGAGAAGACAUUUUCUUCAUUAAAAAAUUUAGGAGAACUAGAUCUGUCUAACAACCUCAUAAUGGAGCUACCACCCCACGUAUUUAAAGAUUUGAAGCUUCUACAAAAACUGAAUCUAUCAUCCAAUCCUCUUUUGUAUCUCCACAAGAACCAGUUUGAAAGUCUUAAACAACUACAAUCUCUAGACCUGGAAAGGAUAGAGAUUCCAAAUAUAAGCACACAGAUGUUUCAGCCCAUGAAGAAUCUUUCUCACAUUUAUUUCAAAAACUUUCGAUACUGCUCCUAUGCUCCCCAUGUCCGAAUCUGUAUACCUUCGACUGAUGGCAUUUCUUCAUUUGAGGACCUCUUGGCUAACAAUAUCCUCAGAAUAUUUGUCUGGGUCGUAGCUUUCAUUACCUGCUUUGGAAAUCUUUUUGUCAUUGGCAUGAGAUCUUUCAUUAAAGCGGAAAAUACGACUCACGCUAUGUCCAUCAAAAUCCUUUGUUGUGCGGACUGCCUGAUGGGUGUUUAUUUGUUCUUCGUGGGCUUUUCUGACCUCAAAUACCGAGGCCAAUAUCACAAGUACGCCUUGCUGUGGAUGGAGAGCCUGCAGUGCCGCCUCCUGGGCUUCCUGGCCAUGCUGUCCACCGAGGUCUCUGUCCUGCUGCUCACCUACUUGACUCUGGAGAAGUUCCUGGUUGUCGUCUUCCCCUUCAGCAACAUCCGCCCGGGGAAACGGCAGGCCUCCAUCAUCCUCACUUGCAUCUGGAUCGUGGGAUUUUUAAUAGCUGCAAUUCCAUUUUGGAACGAGGAUUAUUUUGGAAACUUUUAUGGGAAAAAUGGAGUGUGCUUCCCACUUUAUUAUGACCAAACAGAAGAUAUUGGAAGCAAAGGGUAUUCUCUUGGGAUUUUCCUAGGUGUCAACUUGCUGGCUUUCCUCAUCAUUGUGUCUUGCUAUAUCACUAUGUUCUGUUCCAUUCAAAAAACGGCCUUGCAGACAUCGGAAGUACGGAAUCACAUUGGAGGAGAGGUGGCUGUGGCAAAUCGCUUCUUUUUUAUAGUGUUCUCUGAUGCCAUCUGCUGGAUUCCUGUGUUUGUGGUUAAAAUUCUUUCCCUCUUCCAGGUGGAAAUACCAGGCACAAUCACUUCCUGGAUAGUCAUUUUUUUCCUUCCGGUAAACAGUGCUUUGAACCCCAUCCUCUACACCCUCACAACCAGCUUUUUUAAGGACAAGUUGAAACAGCUGCUACCCAAACAUCGGAGGAAAUCAGUUUUCAAAACUAAAAAGAAAAGUUUGUCUGUGUCCAUUGUGUGGACAGAUGACUCCUCUUCACUUAAACUUGGGGUUUUGAACAAAAUCACUCUGGGGACAGUAUAA